AUGGUUGCGGGUGCAACCGCGCGUACAACAGCAGCUACUAUAGUUAGCCCAUUGGAAAUGAUCCGAACAAAGAUGCAAAGCGAACAGUUGAACUAUAGGGAUAUUGGAAAAGCGCUCCGCGUGACUGUAGCUAAAAAUGGCAUAUCGGGCUUUUAUCUAGGCUGGAUGCCCACAUUACUAAGGGAUAUUCCAUUUUCUGGCAAAACAACAUUUGCAACAGCGUUCACAUGCGGAGCUGCUGCAGGUUCAAUUGCAGCAGUGCUCACAACGCCAUUUGAUGUGGUGAGAUAA